GCUCGCUCGCUCUCCCAAAGACACCGCGUUUCUCACUUAAGACUGGCGCUCCGGGAUCUGGGCUUUGCUUUCGUUUGCCACUCGAUUGUCCUCGAUCCCUCGUCAUCCUUUGCUUCUUCUUCUUCUUCUUCUUCUUCUUCUUCUUCGGCCAUGGGCCGGUUCGUCGAGGCGGAUCCCCCCGCGGAGGCUGACGGCUACUCCUUCGCCACCGAAUACGAUGGCCCUCCGCUCACCUACGACAUCCCUCGGGCCUGCCCCAUCGACGUCGACCGCAUCCCCCUCGCCGCCUUGGCCCCGCCCUCCGCUGCCCGCCCCAGCCCCCCCCUGGUCCUUCCCUUCCCAUCCCCUAAGAGGCCGCCGCAGGUUCCCGUCGCCUCCCCGACCUCCGUCAUCGAGAACCACGCCGACGUCUCCGGGGCGCUUGGCUCGUCCGGCUUCCUCGACCCCUCCACGGAGCCCUCGGAGGUCGCCGACGGGUCCGGCGCGCUUUGGUUCUCUGGCGAUCUCAAGGGUGUCGCGGCUUCGUCCAGCGAGAUCAUCCCGAACCGGCCAUCGUUGGAGUCGGCCCUCAGCUCGGGGUUCAGCUACCGGUCGCCCGCCUCCUGGAACGAGGACGGCGAAGAUGCUAUCGCUAUGCAGGCGGAGGAAGAGUCACUUGGGACCUUCCAAGAGUCUGGCCUGUCCAGUUAUUCUAUGUCGCCGGCCAUCGGAGUCACUCCCCAAACGAGAUCAGAGGAAUUGGAAACGAAGAUAAAAAAGGGAGCUUGCUACAUGUGCUUGAAAGGAAGCCGUUUCGCGGUGAAAGAGACUUGCUUGGUCUGCGAUGCGAGGUAUUGCAGUAGUUGCGUGUUGACGGCUAUGGGCUCCAUGCCGGAAGGGAGGAAGUGCGUUUCUUGCAUUGGUUCUCCGAUACUGGAGUCGAAUAGGAAGAGACUGGGGAAGAGCUCCUGGAUGUUGAAGAGGUUGCUGAGCUCCCUGGAAGUUGAGCAAGUGGUCAAGGCUGAAAAGAACAGCGAAACAAACCAGUUGAGACCGGAACACAUCUGUGUGAAUGGAAAGAAGCUUAGCCUGGAGGAGAUGGUCCUGUUGCAGAGCUGUCCUUGUCCUCCUGCGCUGAAGCCUGGAUUAUAUUGGUACGACAAAGUCUCUGGUUACUGGGGAAAGGAAGGGCACAGGCCUGACAGGAUCAUUACUCCAAAUCUGAAUAUUGGGGGAACCCUGAUGCAAAAUGCGAGCAAUGGAAACACUGGAAUCCUGAUAAAUGGUCGGGAAAUUACAAAAGUUGAGCUUCAGAUGCUAAAGUGGGUGGGAGUCAAUUGUGCUGGGAAUCCCCAUUUUUGGCUAAAUGCUGAUGGGACAUACCUGGAGGAAGGGCAGAAGAAUAUAAAAGGGAAGAUUUGGGGAAAGCCUGUUAUGAAGCUACUCUGCCCUGUUCUUUCAUUGCCAUUUCCUGAUAAGGUUGCAAAUCCUUCUGGCGAAGAGGUAAAUGACUUGGUCAGAAGAUCUGUUUCUGAGUACCUUGAUAAAAAAACACUCCGGAAGCUUCUGUUGGUUGGGAACCAUGGAUCAGGGACAAGUACCAUUUUCAAACAGGCCAAGUUCUUGUAUAGGAGUGUACCUUUCCCAGAGGUUGAACGCCAAGAUACUAAGCUUAUGAUACAAACCAGCAUAUACAACUAUAUUGGCAUACUGCUUGAGGGUCGUGAAUUGUUCGAAGAAGAGAGUUUGGCUGAAAGAAAGGGAAACCAGCAACUACGUUUUUCAGGAGAUGCUGAAUUAGACAAAGAGAAGAUUGUGACAGAGUACUCCAUCAGUCCACGGCUGAAAGCAUUUUCUGAUUGGCUUCUUAAACUUAUGGCUUCUGGCAAACUUGAAGAUAUUUUCCCAGCUGCUACUCGGGAAUAUGCCCCACUAGUAGAGGAGCUGUGGAAUGAUUCUGCUAUUCAAGCUACAUACAAGCGCAGCAGUGAACUUCAACCAAUCCCUAGUAUUGCCAGUUACUUCUUAGAACGGGUUGUUGAUAUAUCCAGAGUUGAGUACGAGCCAUCUGAUAUGGAUAUACUUUAUGCCGAUGGAAUAACUUCCUCCAAUGGACUAGCAUGCGUGGACUUCCAUUUUCCAGAGUUGCCUUGUGCUGGAAUGAGUAUUAAUGACCAUGAUCAUCAGGAAACAUUGUCAAGGUACCAGCUCAUCAGAGUUCAUAACAAAGGCCUUGGAGAGAACUGCAAAUGGCUCCACUUGUUUGAAGAUGUCCGGAUAGUCAUUUUCUGCGUCUCUCUGACUGACUAUGACGAGUACUAUGAAGAUUUGAAUGGGGUGGUCAUGAACAAGAUGAUGGAGAACAAAAGGCUCUUUGAGAUCAUUGCCAGGGCUUUCAAACAGAUAAAUUUUCUUUUGAUACUCAGUAAGUUCGAUUUGCUUGAACAGAAGAUAGCCACAGCUCCUCUAACCUUGUGCAAAUGGUUCGACGACUUUGAUCCUGUAGCAAGCCACCAUCGACGUAAUAAUAGCAGGAACAACCGUGGUACCAACAUCGAGUCCACCAAGUCUGAGCAAGCAUUUCAGUACGUUGCUGUGAAAUUCAAGAGGUUAUUCCUGUCUAUUACCGGUAGAAAACUCUUUGUUACAUGGGCAAAUGGGUUGGAUUCAGAUUCCGUCGAUACAGCAAUUCGAUAUGCAAGUGAGAUAAUCAAGUGGGAUGAAGAAUGGUCAAUGUGUGACUCGAUCGAGUCGAUGUAUAACACAGAACCAAGCCUCUUUUCUCACUGACAUUUUCAGUGAACACAGAUGUAAAUAUAUAGCCUUUCCCUAUCAUUUUGCCUCCGUCUAUAAUGUCAUCCAUUGUAUGUAUCCAUUGUUUGUAAUAGUUCAUUGUAGGAGGGACAAUUACACUUUUCAAGAAUUUUGACGAUGACUUGUACAUCAGUCGAUUGUGCAUUGCAGAAACAGACUAAAUAACCUUCUUGGA